AUGACCGUGUGUUUUCUGUAUUACAAUACCAUAUUGGUACUACUAGUGAUCGUGUCCGUGUACCGAUUCGAUCAUCCCAUCGCGCUACAGCCUGCCGAUGCGGGUUCUUUACGUCUACAGAAAAGCGGUGCAAAUGAUACCGAAAGUGAAAGCGUUCAUCCACCACCGGCAUUUAUCGACCCCAGUCCGGAAGCGACCGAUGGGGUAGCUGGCAGUACCAUGAAUGAAGGCCGCCUGCGUCAGAAGCGACUCAUCUCUGUAGGCGAGUACGAAAAAACGGCCCAGUACUGGAACAUUGGUGCGCAGCUCAAAUUGAAGGAACAUUUGUUAAGGCAACCGAACCAAAACAUUGCCAAAAAUGUGAUCCUUUUCCUUGGCGAUGGCAUGUCAAUACCGACCCUCGCUGCCAGCCGAAUGUAUCUCGGUCAACAGCAAGGUCACACAGGAGAAGAGAGCCAGCUAUCCUUUGAAGAAUUUCCUGAUGUGGGCCUUGUAAAGACUUACUGCGUCGAUAAACAAGUGGCAGAUUCGGCUUGUACAGCAACGGCCUAUCUGUGCGGGGUGAAGGCCAACUAUGCCACGAUUGGUGUAACGGCAGCGGUCAACUACAGCAACUGUGCCGCCAGCAACGAUCCCCGCAAUCACGUCCAAUCGAUCAUGGCCUGGGCACAGGCAGCAGGCAAGGCGACCGGUAUUGUGACGACGACCCGUGUGACCCACGCUAGUCCCGCAGGAACAUACGCGCAUACGGCCAGCCGCGAAUGGGAGUGUGACGCCGACGUAGUUCGAACAGGGGGCGAUCCGGCACACUGCCCGGACAUUGCGACUCAACUGAUCUACGGUGAGACGGGCAAAAAUUUUCGCGUCAUUCUGGGCGGCGGACGCCGUAAGCUUCUUCCACGGACAGUGAAGGAUGAGGAGGGAAUCCGGGGGCAACGUCUGGACGGGGCCAACCUGAUCUCUCAGUGGUAUUAUGGAAAGCCGCUAGGUAGCGCGCGGUACGUAUCGACCAGGCAGGAGCUGAUGGCGCUAAAUUUCACCGAAGUGAACUAUUUGAUGGGACUGUUCAGUUCCGACCACAUGAGAUUCCACCUGGACGCUCGCAAGGAAGUGGACCCAACGUUGCCCGAUCUAACGUACGCUGCUAUACAAAUGCUGCAAAAGUACCCCGAGGGAUACGUACUGUUCGUGGAAGGCGGAAAGAUUGACUUGGCGCAUCAUUUCACAAAAGCACGUAAAUCGCUCGACGAGACGGUGCAGCUGUCCGAGGCGGUGCAGGUGGCUCGGCAGCUGACCAGCGCCGACGAUACGCUGCUCGUUGUAACGGCUGACCAUUCCCACACCAUGACACUGUCGGGCUACGCGACACGUGGCAAUGAUAUCCUGGGUCUGAACAGCCAAAUCAGUGACGGUGACUUGAAACCGUAUACCACGCUUAGCUACGCGAAUGGUCCGGGUGGCCCGAUGCCAGAUCCGAUGGGCCAGAGACCUAACAUAACCAUGUCGAUGAUGAAAGAUCAAGACUUCCAGUUCCCGAAGGUGGUCCCGAUGAAGUACGAAACGCACGGCGGAGAUGAUGUUGCACUGUUCGCCUACGGACCUUGGUCGCACCUGUUUGGAGGAAUGUACGAACAGAACGUCAUUCCGCACUUGAUAGGCUAUGCGGCCUGCAUUGGGAAUGGAGAGCACGCGUGCUCGGCUGCCGGCAGUUUGUAA